GCGUGCCGUUCAAGAUAAAACGCAGGGGUCUUGCGUUUGUAAUGCGCGAGCGUGUGUGUGAUAAGAAGUGGAGGGGGGCGCGCGAGAGACCCCCGUCGCGUUUUGACCCCCGAAACGACUCCCGAUCUCCAGCAUCGCUCCCGCCUCCAUUCGGCUUUUUAAACCGGGCCCAUCGCUCGCUUCGCAUACACACACACAUCCACUCUCACCCCCACACACACACACUCACACCAUCACACACGCGCGCACACACAUAUCCUUUUCCAGCUCGUUGUCUCGGUCCAUGGACGUGGUGAUAGACCGAGCGGAUCGGAUCUCUCCAGCCCUCCGAGCAGCGCCGACACGCCGCGGAACAGCCUGAGCGAGAGCCGGAGCGAGCAGAGGAUCCGCGCGUCUCAAGAGAUCGUGACUGGUGUUCUGUCCCGGACUGCCGGAUCGGUGUGUGUGUGUGUGUGUGUGUGUGUUGUCUUCCGCGAGAAGAGCGCGGCUUUCCGUGGCGCAUGGAGAAAAGGUAUGAAGAGCUGGUGCAGUACCCAGGGUCAGACCUCAUGCCCAUGGGGGGGUACGGGGAGGCGAUGAGGUCACUCCCGCCACCCCACUAUGGCCAUGGUGUUCCUGACUCUCUCAAACACUACCGUGAUCAGAUCUACGGCCACCCACUGUUCCCACUCCUGGCCUUGGUGUUUGAGAAGUGUGAGCUGGCUACGUGUUCUCCACGCGACUCCAGCUCGCUGUCGAACACGUCGCAUCAUCCCAGCAUGACGGGUCACAGCGACGUCUGCUCUUCCGAAUCGUUCAACGAAGACAUCGCGGCCUUCGCCAAGCAGAUCCGUUCAGAGAAACCCAUCUUUUCAUCAAAUCCAGAACUGGAUAAUCUUAUGAUCCAGGCCAUUCAAGUACUACGCUUUCACUUACUAGAGCUAGAAAAGGUUCAUGAUCUGUGUGAUAAUUUCUGCCAUCGCUACAUCACCUGUCUCAAGGGCAAAAUGCCCACCGACUUGGUGCUAGAGGAUCGUGAGUCAGGAUCCAAAUCAGACAUGGAGGAUUUCACUGGUUCUUGCACAAGUCUUUCCGAGCAGAAUCAGUCCUGGUUGCGAGACACAGAUGACUGCUUGUCGACGCCGUCAGGCACUCCGGGCGCUUCAUGUGGACUCGCUGCACACAGUGUGGAUGCUUGCAGCGACGCUGGUGAUGGCCUGGACGGAGCUGUAGCGUCUCCAAGCACAGGAGAAGAGGACGAGACAGACCGAGACAGACGAAACAACAAAAAACGAGGGAUCUUUCCCAAAGUGGCAACCAACAUCAUGAGAGCUUGGCUCUUCCAGCAUCUAUCACAUCCGUACCCUUCCGAAGAACAGAAAAAGCAACUCUCUCAAGACACAGGACUCACCAUCCUUCAGGUCAACAACUGGUUUAUAAACGCCCGACGCAGAAUAGUCCAGCCCAUGAUUGACCAGUCAAAUCGCUCAGGUCAAGGUGCCCCGUACAGUCCAGAUGGAGGAGCGCUAGGAGGUUAUGGAUUAGACAGUCAGCCUCACUUAGGCCUUCGAACAGCAGGUCUUCAGGGAAUGCCAUCUCUUUCCGAUUACCCUGGUGGUCUCUUGCCCCAGCCGGGUUACACCCAUGCCGCUUCAUCGCUGCACCCCUACCCCGGCCCCCACCCUGCCAUGCUACUACACCCACCCCCCCAUCCGCACUCCGCCGAGCCUUUAAUUGGACAAGGCCUGGACAUCCAUGCCCACUGAGAGUGGGGGAAGGGAACAGGGCUCACACACACUCCGAGUGCACUAGUUUCACCUCAGUAACACGAUGGCACGAUUUCAUAAACGUCGACACCUCGUCAUGUUACGACACUAACCCUUUAUAACCACUAUCUCGUAUCAAGAACGGACACAAAACCUUCUAUUAUUUUUCUACAAUUCAAACUGAUAUCAGAGUCAACACAGUGAAACGGUUGAGGAUUUUUUUUUAUGAUUGCACAUAACUGGAAAUUUUGGCAACACAAAAUCGGGGAUCUGGAUUUUGGCUUCAUCAGUCAAAGUGCCGAGCCAAAAGUUUCCAGCUUAAUAGUUAUCGACAAGCACCAACAUAGAACUGAUGGUACUCAGGGCUAUUGAGCGGUUCAUGCUUCACUUAAUAGUCUGUAGAUUGGCCAAUGCUGCAUGGCGAUUUUUUUAACCUGUACAAACAUUGAAUUAGAAAACAAAAAGAUCCCAUAUGAUCAACAAAAUUUCCACAACGAAUGAUCUUUCCUGAUUUUGUGCCGAUUGUGCAAUUUAGCCAAGGCUGUGAUUGCAUUCCUAAACAUCCAACACUGUUUUAAAACAAAGCUCAGAUUUGUCGAUUAGCUCUAAUUGAUAAUGAAAUGAAAUAAUCUAUCAACAAGCUUUCAGGCUGCAAUUUCUUUAAUUUAAUCACUUGUUCCAUAUUAAAUUUGACCGUGAUGCUGCUCAGACUCAGAAAAAGUGAACUAAUUGUUGUUUUAUCGUUAACCUAGCAAAGUCCGUCUUUAAUGUCACUACUGAAUACGGCCCUUUUCAUGUACCUUUAGUCAUUUUAAAAGCUACACUAUAUCUAUGAAUAGACUUCAGUAUAUCUACUUUAGGUGAAAGUGAGGUGAAAUAAAUUUAUAAUUGGCAGAGAAUGUUCCAGAAUCCCAAGUUCCAUUGGUUCCUAGUUUGGCUUGUCCAGUGUGCAGUGAAAAAAAAAUCCCCAUACAGCCACACUGCCUGAAUGUUGCAUAUUCGCACACAUACACAACCAAUUUUGCACGGUACAUGUAAAAAAAUUCUGGUUAGACUCAUGUCUUCUUAUGGCCUUUCUGCUUCCUGAACUGAGACGUGAGGCCUUCGGAGCCUCUACGCAAUGCCCAGAGACUGCUCGUCAGGAACAUGAAGAGAGAGCACACCAGAUAUCUGCAGUCUGGUGCCUUCAUGACUGUACCAAAAAAAUUUGUUUUCCUGUGACUGUCUCCGUGAACCGACGAUGUAUUCAAGCUUUGCCACAAAACCCAAAGACUUAACUGCUUGAGCCUGUGGACGAAUAAAUGAGAGCUUGAACUAUGAAUAAUAGCUGGGUUGCUCGACCAGUCACAUGUGCUAUGGACCAAUCCUAGUCUUCCCGUAAAUAAGGGCAGUUUAACCCCUUGUCAUUAAUGGCACUCUUGUCAUUUGUAUACCAUAUUUAAUUUAAAUUUUGCUUUAAUGUCAAAUCUAUUUUUGUAUUUAUGUCUGUCGAAGACUCGGUAAGACACCAAAAGUUUUUUUGAGUUGAUGUUAAUCUUCAGUUUUUUUGAAGUUUGUAUUAAACUUACCGUUCACCAUGUCCUAACGUAGCAAAUGUUACAUUCGUUGUAAAGAAACAAACCAACACAGCAUCUUUAUCACGUAUUCUGUGUUCAUUUUUUAUUUGUAUUUUAUUUGGUUAACAGUUCAAGCAGAGUAAAUUCUGUGAGGGGUUCUGCAAGUACCGAUGUCGGGGUCCAUUUUGUUUCUUAUACAGACGGAUAUGUUCCUGUCUGUUUUUAAGUAACUUGACUAAUAUUUGGAUUCUAUACAGAUCUUGUCCUUCACCUCUGUAAUAAUAAAACAAAUAUAAACCCAGUGA